AUGGCGCGCGACGAGGAGAGGGACCCCGAGUGCCGCGAGGCGGCGGCGCGGGCCCGAGGCGAGGAGGAGGAGGGAGAGGAGGGAGAGGAGGGAGAGGAGGGACUGAGCGAUAACGACAACGAGGACCAAGACCAGAAGAAGACCGGCAGCAGCGAGGAAGAGGAAAAGGAGGCUGCAGCAGCGGCCGGGCAGGAGCGCAGCGAGGACGCGCGACUGCAGAGCUCAGGGCUGCCUCCCGCCUCUGUUCCCGCCGCUGUCGCCCGCGACCGGAGCGGUUGCCGCCCGCCGGAGCCGCUGCCUUGCCUUCCUAGGAUGCCAACGCCCGAGGAGGAGGACCGCGAGCGUCGCCGGAGUCGCCGGAGAGACCUUCUGCUAAGCCAGCUCUGCUUCCUGGCCUUGGUGGCGCUGCUGCUCUGGUCGCUAUCGAGCAUGCAAGAACAUAAUGAUCUUGACUUCAUGGAUCUCAUAGGAAAAGACAGACAGUGGACAGUGGGGAGGAAGUUAAUGCAGGUGAAUGAAACUGUGACUUCAGAAGACACAGGACUUCGGAACAAGAACUGCACUGAACCAGCCCUGCAUGAGUUCCCCAAUGACAUCUUUACCAACGAGGACCGAAGACAGGGAGCAGUGAUUCUCCACGUGCUCUGUGCCAUGUACAUGUUCUAUGCGCUGGCCAUUGUGUGUGAUGACUUCUUCGUCCCCUCCUUGGAAAAGAUCUGUGAGCGCCUGCACCUCAGUGAAGAUGUAGCUGGGGCCACGUUCAUGGCAGCGGGCAGUUCAGCCCCAGAGCUGUUCACAUCCGUCAUAGGUGUCUUCAUUACCAAGGGCGACGUGGGAGUUGGGACCAUUGUGGGCUCGGCAGUGUUUAAUAUCCUGUGCAUCAUCGGAGUCUGCGGGCUCUUCGCUGGACAGGUUGUAGCUCUUUCCUCCUGGUGUCUGCUGAGGGAUUCGAUUUACUACACGCUGUCUGUGGUCGCACUCAUCGUGUUCAUUUAUGAUGAACAAGUUUCCUGGUGGGAGUCUUUAGUCCUUGUGCUGAUGUAUCUUAUCUACAUUGUCAUCAUGAAAUAUAAUGCUUGCAUACAUCAGUGCUUUGAAAGAAGGGCGAAAGGUGCUGGAAACAUGGCCAAUGGUUUGGCCAACAAUGCUGAAAUCGAUGACAGCAGCAACUGUGACGCAACUGUGGUGCUACUCAAGAAAGCCAAUUUCCACCGCAAAGCAUCAGUGAUCAUGGUGGAUGAGCUGCUGUCUGCCUACCCACACCAGCUGUCUUUCUCUGAGGCUGGCCUUCGAAUCAUGAUCACCAGCCACUUUCCCCCAAAGACCAGACUCUCCAUGGCCAGUCGCAUGUUGAUCAAUGAGAGACAAAGACUGAUAAACAGCAGGGCUUACACCAAUGGAGAAUCUGAGGUGGCCAUCAAAAUCCCAAUUAAACACACUGUGGAGAAUGGGACAGGACCCAGCAGUGCCCCAGACAGGGGCGUGAAUGGGACUCGGAGGGACGAUGUCGUUGCUGAGGCUGGCAAUGAGACGGAGAAUGAGAAUGAGGACAAUGAGAACAAUGAGAAUGACGAGGAGGAAGAUGAGGAUGAGGAGGAAGAUGAAGGACCUUACACGCCAUUCGACCCCCCCUCUGGCAAACUGGAAACAGUGAAAUGGGCUUUCACCUGGCCACUGAGUUUUGUCUUAUACUUCACUGUACCCAACUGCAACAAGCCCCGCUGGGAGAAGUGGUUCAUGGUGACAUUUGCUUCCUCCACACUGUGGAUUGCAGCCUUCUCCUACAUGAUGGUGUGGAUGGUCACGAUCAUUGGUUACACACUGGGGAUUCCUGAUGUCAUCAUGGGAAUCACCUUCCUGGCAGCCGGAACCAGCGUGCCCGACUGCAUGGCCAGCCUCAUCGUGGCCAGACAAGGAAUGGGAGACAUGGCCGUGUCCAACUCCAUUGGGAGCAAUGUGUUUGACAUCCUCAUUGGCCUCGGUCUCCCCUGGGUCCUGCAGACUCUGGCUGUGGAUUAUGGGUCCUACAUACGGCUGAACAGCAGAGGACUGAUCUACUCCGUGGGCCUGCUGCUGGCCUCUGUCUUUGUCACGGUGUUCGGUGUUCACUUGAACAAGUGGCAGUUGGACAAGAAGCUCGGGUGCGGGUGCCUUUUCCUGUAUGGCGUGUUCCUGUGCUUCUCCAUCAUGACGGAGUUCAACGUGUUCACUUUUGUGAACUUGCCCAUGUGUGGGGAACACUGAUCUACCGAGCCACCUGCCAAGGCUCAGUUCCUUCGUUUCUGUGCAAUACAAGACCCGAACGCACCCCGAGUCACAGGGGCCCCCAGAGCUGGGGCUUCCGUCUCACUCGCGCUGUUCACUGGCCUCCACUCCUGCCUCGGUGGCCCAGGCUCUCCCUGCCCCUUCCUUCUUCCACCUCCUUGUGUUCUCCCUGCCACCCAGCCCCUCUUGCCCAACCCUUCCUGCCGCCUCCAUAUGAAGACUUUCACCAUCCACCUGAAUUUUCAAGCUCCAUUUUGAACAGUGACUGAGAUUCUAGAAAACUGGCUGCUAACUGGCCCAAGCCAGGCAAAUCUUAUUACAAUCCCUACUCCUUUUUUAAGUUAUUGGAUGAAAGACUAACCUAAUUUAUGACCUGAGACUGUUAAAGAGUUAAUGAGGAGAGGGUACAUUGAUUAUAGAGAGUGUUAGGGGUUUUGUUAUGUUUUGAGGUGAUUUCUAGAUUAUUGGGUUUGGGGGGUUCUUUUACUUUGCAGGGGAGGAGGUGCUCUCCCUUUGACUCCUUCCUUCCAGAGAUGGAGAGCUCCUCUUGCAUCUUCUUCCACUGGGCUCUGGGUUAGUAGGAGAUCCACAGGUUGCCCGCUGUGUCUUGGGAUCAAAUCCCAUGUGUGUUGGAACAUGAGUGGAUCUAAUGCUUAUUAGAGGAAGAGCUGAGCGAGGCCACUGGGAACAGAUAUAUGACAUUUCAUACUCAAGGAUGCUCCCAGAGUCCUGUAAGUGUUACCUAAGGGGUGCAAGGUUUUCCAAGAAAGAAGACAGCUUCCCACAUGUCCAUUAUGACCUUCACUUUCUCAUCAGGUUCUUUCUAGUCUCUCAAGCAAUAGUUCUAGCCUUCAUGAGGCCUUUGUCGAGGGGCCCUGGUUAAACAUCCAUCUGUGACAUGCCAGGUAGUCAGCAGCAGAAGCUUCUCAACCUGUGAGUACCUGAGAUGUGCUCUCAUGGCUUGACAUUUGGGGUGACAGGGAGUGACUCAGAGGCCACCACUGCUUUCUGUGCAGGAGUUACAGACACUGGUUUCUUGGAAAAUGGAGAGAAGCGCACUUUGCACAGACAUCGUCAAUAAAGUCCCAAUUUGCCACUCGAUACUGAGUACACUGGACCCUGACAGCUGGCUCUUGGGCCAGCGUCCUUCCUCCAGGAUGCCAUGGCCGAGCUGUCCCAGCUCAAUCUGUCCCCUCCUGGAAGGAUGGCAAGGGAAGGAGAAAGUAGAACUGACAUCUUUGAAACCACAGAAUGUGUUAAAUGCAGACUUGCUCAAGGGCAUAAAUUAUUGUGAACAUUGUAGCCAAUCACAGCUCAACAGCCCUGCUAGAUUUUGUAUAAUGCUGAAUUAUUAUGCAGACUAAUUCCACCAGUUGAGACCCACCCAUGCUUGUUAUACUUGUAUUUAUUGAAACUGUGGAUUCUUGCCCGCGCUCCCCCUAUAUUUACUUUAAGCACUGAUCACUUACAAUUCAUUCAGUAUGGUUUUCCCCGUCCCUUGUACACAUUCUGGUAUGAAUUGUAAAAAUAACCUGCUACAAAUUGGUUGAAUGUCUCUGUCAAGAGUGUGAACAAGGUGAGCAUUAGCCAAUGGGGUACCUGCCUAAUGGAGCACUGGGAGAGGAAAUCACCAAUUUAGGCUCUCAGAGCUAAGACACACUUAUUGAUUCUGUUGCACAUUUUGCACUGGUUUAUGGCAAUUGUU